AUGAAAAGAAGCGACACUAUGGCUGAUGAAUCAGUGGUAGCAGCAACCAAGGUUCGCAAUUUGUCACCUGAUGAAGCGUAUGAAGCCUCCGAAGUCUCGUGUCACUACGAAGAAGCAAAGCAACUCUUGAACGAAGGCAAAUUCGAGGAGGCUCUCGCUUCUAUUGAGAGCGGCAUCAAAGCAGUCAAAGACGCGAUGCCGGGAGCUGCGAUGGCUCCUUUUCAUUACCUUUAUGGCACUACGCUUCUCUAUCAGUUGGAGGAAUCUACGGAUGUGGAUGUAACAGUUGCAACCGAGACUAGUGACGAGAACGCUGAUGACAUGCAGAUUGCUUGGGAGAACCUCGAAGCUGCACGAAUCUUGGUUGAAGCUGCUUUAUCUCACGUUCUGAAAGAUGCAACAAAAUCAUGCACGAAGACGAAACUUGAACUCGAUCUUGCUCAAAUUGCACUCCGAUCUGCUGAUUUGCAGAGGAUGAACGGAAGAUACAGCGAAGCUAUUGAAGACUACCAGACCUGCCUCGACUUGCGCAAAUUGCACUUAGAUGAAUAUGACCGCAAAAUCGCUGAUUGUUUCUAUAACAUUGCAUUGUCCAACCUUUUGGCCUGCACAGAACUACAGAAGGAAGCAACAGAGUCGAAGAACAGUGCAGAGGGAACAAGCCGCGAGGAUCGAGCUCGAGAGCAUCGUGAAGCUGGAAUUGAGCUGUACCUUGAUUGCGCAAAGACACUGUGUGGAGAGAUAGCAUUUCUCUGUGGAAAACAACCAUCCGACAUUUUAAAUGGACCAGAAUUCAAAACCAGUACAGAGGAAGAGACCACGACAGCAAGUCAAAAAUCUGAAACUCUACGACGAUGGCGAAUGGCGGUCUCCUCAGCUUCUCCAUCGAUGCAAGGUGAUCAAAAUCUGGUGGAUUUGAUUCAAAUGUUGGAUGAAAUUCAAGAGACUAUUGAUGAAGCCGAAAAAUCUCAAGAUGCAAUUCGUCAGGCAUCCAUGUUGAAGCAACAGGCUCGUGACGAUGUCGCUAACGGUAAGGCGGGAGCUGAUAAUGGACAGACGAGUGCGAUUGGUUUCGAUAAGCCGACCGCGGCCAUCGCCACCAAAGAUGUUGAUGUAGCCGGAGAAAGUGCAAAGAGCAUCAUGGUUGUCAGAAAGAAGAAGAAACGAAAAAGAGUAGAAGAUUCCGAGCCGAUCGCCGAGGGAAAAAAGCCCAAAGUGGAAUAA